AUGGACGGAGAACCCGGUACUGCAGGUGCUCCAGGAAGCAGUCAAGUAGCUUCUGAUCCUGGAAAUGCCUAUGGAGAGACUGUAAUUCCUGGCUGUGGGAAAUGUCCAGCUGGUCCAACCGGUUUACCUGGAUAUAAAGGCAAGAGAGGGCCAAGAGGAGAUAAAGGAGCAAAAGGAUCUCCUGGUGCCCCUGGACGAGAUGGACAACCUGGAGAUGAGGGACCGGAAGGAGAAAUCGGCCUUCCUGGUGAUAUUGGCGAUGCAGGUGUGAAAGGCACACCAGGAGAGGAUGGCGUUGGAUAUGCAAAAGGAGAUCCUGGACCAAAGGGAGCUGUUGGCCCGCCUGGUGAGGCAGGAGAUGAGGGCCCAACGGGUGAUAGGGGUGAUGAUGCCGCUCCAGGUCUGUAG